AAGAUGGCAGGCGUGCAGCCGCCACCCCUCCGGAGCCUGGAUGAUUUUCUCCUAAGCUCGGCUCGGUUCGCGGUGCCCGACGUGCGCGAUCUGGACCGCUGGAACAACCGCAUCAUCAACAACCUGCUGUACUACCAGAGCAACUAUUUCCUGUCCGCGCUGGGCUUCCUGCUCAUAGUGGGGUAUUUCCAGCCCUUCCAGUUGUUUGUCGGGGCGACGGUGGUCACCAUUUUAUUCAUGGGCUUUGUCUGGGUUGCCGAGAACCAAGCUCCUGUUCGCCGCUUCCGUCGAAAUCACCCAUCAGUCUCUGUGUGUGCCAUUCUUCUGGCCAGUUACCUCUUCAUAUCGGUGCUGGGAGGUGUGGCCGUGUUCCUGUUUGGGAUAGCCUUCCCCAUACUGAUGGUUCUGGUCCACGCGUCGGUGAGGCUGCGGAGCCUGAAGAACAAGCUGGAGAACAAACUAGAAAGCAUUGGUCUGAAGAGGACCCCCAUGGGACUCCUGUUAGAGGCCCUGGGACAGGAACAGGAAGCUGGAUCCUAAAGAGAAAGCAGAGAUGUGCAGGUUAGGGGGAGAUAGUUUGGGCUUCAUCUGAGGGAAAUGACAAGAGAAAAGGAUGUAAGGUGGGUGUGAUAUAGGAAGAGGGAGAGUCAAGAACAAAAGGGGUGGUUUAGUUUGUUCAAAAACACUAAUUUGAAAUUAACAAUGAAGGAAAAGAUCU